UUUCUAGACCCAUGUGACCAUGUCGAUCCAUUACAAGAACUAAAAGACCAAAUCUGCCCUUGCCUUUUGUUGUGUUAAAACCCCUAAAACCCCCUCUUUCUGUUUUCUGUUGCGGCUUAAACCCUUCCUUCAUUUUUCCCGUCGUCUUUCUACUACCGUCUUCAUUCUCCAUUCUCUCCUCUUUACCCUCAGAAAUGGCGGCACUACUUUUACGAAACCCUAACUCCAAACGAUUUCUUCCUUCUUCUUCCCAUCAAAUCAACCUCUAUACUACAUCUUGCCGAGCUAUUCUUUCUCCAACUUGUUCAUCUUCCGUUGCUGAACAGCUUUACAGAUAUGAGUCAACCUCUCCGUCGUCUGUCUCCUUUUGGAGCCGAUCUAUGGCUACCUUCACGCGCACAAAGCCUCAUGUCAAUGUAGGAACUAUUGGUCAUGUUGAUCACGGGAAGACUACAUUGACGGCAGCAAUUACAAAGGUUUUGGCUGAAGAAGGAAAAGCUAAGGCUGUUGCAUUUGAUGAAAUUGACAAAGCUCCCGAAGAGAAGAAGAGAGGAAUCACUAUCGCAACGGCACACGUGGAGUACGAGACUGCAAAGAGGCACUAUGCACAUGUUGAUUGUCCUGGACAUGCUGAUUAUGUCAAGAACAUGAUUACUGGUGCUGCUCAAAUGGAUGGUGGUAUUCUUGUUGUAUCUGCUCCCGAUGGCCCUAUGCCACAAACCAAAGAGCAUAUUCUACUUGCACGUCAGGUUGGUGUGCCAUCAUUGGUUUGCUUUAUGAACAAAGUGGAUGCUGUUGAUGAUCCAGAGCUACUUGAAUUGGUUGAAAUGGAACUACGCGAGCUUCUUAGCUUCUACAAAUUCCCUGGGGACGAAAUCCCUAUUAUUAGGGGCUCAGCUUUGUCUGCCUUGCAGGGAACAAAUGAUGAAAUAGGGAGGCAAGCUAUCCUAAAGCUUAUGGAUGCUGUUGACGAAUACAUUCCUGACCCUGUUCGCCAACUUGACAAACCUUUCUUGAUGCCAGUUGAAGAUGUUUUCUCAAUUCAGGGACGUGGUACUGUGGUAACUGGUCGAGUUGAGCAAGGCACCAUAAAAGUCGGAGAGGAUGUAGAAAUAUUGGGGUUGAUGCAGGGUGGUCCACUAAAAAGUACAGUGACUGGUGUGGAAAUGUUUAAGAAAAUUUUGGAUCACGGUCAAGCCGGUGACAACGUGGGUCUCCUUUUGCGUGGGCUAAAGAGGGAAGAUGUACAGCGUGGACAGGUUGUUGCUAAACCAGGAAGUUGCAAGACAUUCAAAAAGUUUGAGGCUGAAAUUUAUGUUCUUACCAAGGAUGAAGGUGGACGUCAUACAGCUUUCUUUUCCAACUACAGACCUCAGUUUUAUUUGAGAACUGCUGAUGUUACUGGGAAAGUUGAGUUGCCAGAGAAUGUGAAGAUGGUGAUGCCCGGUGACAACGUGACUGCUACUUUUGAAUUGAUAUCAGCAGUCCCUCUUGAACCCGGGCAAAGAUUUGCAUUGAGGGAGGGUGGUCGAACUGUUGGUGCUGGUGUGGUUUCAAAAGUUAUCAGCUAAAGCCUGGAAUCUGGAUGCAUCAGUUUUGCCUUAAAGAUUGUUCAAAUUUGAAGACAAUGUUUGGAUGUUUGUACUCUUGAAUUGACAUGCUGAGUAAGUUGUAGGAAUUAUUUCAAAUGAAAUAUAAAUGAUUUUGUUUUUCAAAGAAAUACUCACUUUGUAGUCCCUAAUAAUUGAUAAACACUCAUCAUUCAACCUGUUUGAUGGUUGGGUAAAUAUUUUCUUGUAGCUGCGUCCUUUCUAUGUUUUCUUGGUUAUCAAAUUAUUAAUUUUUUACGAGAUACAUAAUCGUGUCAUACUCAUUUUUUUAAAUGUAAUUUGAGUAAUAAUUA